AUUAUUGAAGCAAUCAAGGAUUUGGUCACAAAUGCUCCGUUCGACUGCAGUGAAAACGCAAUGUGCCUGCAGGCAAUGGACUCGUCUCAUGUGGCGUUAGUAUCGUUGAAACUAGAAGUUGGCUUAUUUGAAACGUAUCGUUGUGAUCGAACCAUUAAUUUGGGAAUGAGCUUAGCGAAUAUGGCUAAAGCUUUGAAAUGUGCUAAUAAUGAUGACACUUGUCUCAUUAGAUAUGAAGAGAAUGACGCUGACUCAAUUACGUUCACAUUCGAAGAUACUAAGAGAGGAAAGGCUCAAGAUGUAACUGUAAAAAUGAUGGAUCUCGAUAACGAGCACUUGGGUAUUCCUGAUCAAGAUUAC